AUGACUCAGUAUAACCAUUCAGCAGAGCUCUUUCUCCAGAGCUCAGCAAAUAAGUCAUUAAAUUUCACUGAAACACCACUGGCUUUGGAUGAAAGGACACUAUUAGGGCUGAAGAUUUCACUGUCAGUCCUUCUGUCGGUUAUAACUUUGUCAACGAUCCUUGCAAACGUUUUUGUUGUUAUUACAAUUUUUCUGACUAGAAAGCUCCACACACCUGCAAAUUACCUCAUUGGCUCAUUGGCAGUGACUGAUCUUUUAGUGUCUGUCCUAGUAAUGCCCAUCAGUAUUGCUUACACUGUCACCCACACGUGGGCCUUUGGCCAGGUGUUGUGUGAUAUCUGGUUGUCAUCAGACAUCACGUGCUGCACAGCCUCAAUCCUUCACCUCUGUGUUAUUGCACUGGACAGGUACUGGGCUAUCACCGAUGCUCUGGAGUAUGCCAAACGCCGGACCGCUGGCCGAGCGGCACUCAUGAUUGCCGUGGUCUGGAUGAUCUCUAUUAGUAUUUCUGUGCCACCGUUUUUCUGGAGGCAGGUGAAAGCUCAUGAAGAAAUUGAAAAGUGUGCUGUGAACACAGAUCAAAUUUCCUACACAAUUUAUUCCACUUGUGGAGCUUUCUACAUCCCAGCCAUACUUCUCCUAAUAUUGUAUGGUAGAAUUUUUGUAGCGGCUCGAUCCAGGAUUCUGAAGCCACCCUCAUUAUAUGGGAAGCGUUUCACUACUGCACACCUGAUUACUGGCUCUGCUGGGUCUUCCCUCUGCUCCAUUAAUGCUAGCCUUCAUGAAGGGCAUUCCCAUUCAGAUGGGUCCCCAAUAUUUAUCAAUCAUGUUAAAAUAAAACUUGCAGAUAGUAUCCUGGAAAGGAAAAGAAUUUCUGCUGCAAGAGAAAGGAAAGCCACCAAAACUUUAGGCAUUAUUCUGGGAGCUUUCAUUUUCUGCUGGCUGCCUUUUUUUGUCAUGUCCCUAGUCCUACCAAUCUGCCAAGAUGCUUGUUGGUUUCAUCCCAUCCUACUGGACUUUUUUACAUGGUUAGGUUACAUAAACUCAUUGAUCAAUCCAGUCAUUUAUACAGCUUUUAAUGAAGAAUUUAAACAGGCUUUCCAAAAACUAAUACAUUUCAAAAAGUGUUCGUCUUGA